GGAGGAGACGAGGAGACAACAAGGCCACAUACCCGAUCGACGGUCAUCCCGCCCGCGCGUUUACAAGGUGGAAGGAUGCCCCUGGACACUGAGCGUAAGGAGCUGCUGUUGAAAACGCUGACGGAGCUGGGGGAGGACCACUUCCAGUCCUUCAACAGUUAUUAAGUCAAGAUAAGCCAUGAAAAGUUGUCGUUCACAGAUACCCGAUCGACGGUCACCUCGCUCACAUGUUAACAAGGAGGAAGGAUGGCUUUAGACAGCGGGCAGAAAGAACUGCUGUUGUAAACACUAUUGCUCCCUCUAGUGCUCAGUUAAGAUACCUGUUUGACGGUCACCUCCCUCACGCGUAUAGUCUGAAGGAUGGCUCAGGACAGCAGGCUUAGGGAGUUGCUGUGGAACACGCUGAUGAAGCUGGGGGAGGAGGACUUCGCGUCCUUCAGGUUCCACACGGACCUGCCUGAAAGCGAGCGUGAGAACACCAGCCGUGAGUACAUUGCUGGAAAGCUCUUGAGUAAGCACGGUGAGAACACUCUGCAUGUGACCGUCAAGAUUCUGGAGAAGAUCGGGAACAACGAUUUGGCCCAGAACCUGGGCAGCGACAUACUGAAAAUAGAAGGCGUUGUCUUCUCCGUCCAUAAUGAUGAUCAGAUUGCCAGCUUGAAGGCGGACCUGCAGCACAACCUGCGGAGUUUAUACAGCUUUGUUCCCGAGGGCAACACCGAGCGCAGGCAGCAGCAGCCUCUGGCGAACAUCUACACUGAGCUGGACAUCACCUACGGGGCCGAUGUCAGGCCCGACGAGCGACACGAGGUGCUUCAGAUGGAGACGUGUGCCGCCCCAGCCAAGAACUCCAUCCUGCCGUGCGACAUCUUCAAAAGCCAUGACGGGCAGCCGCGACCGAUACGCACGCUGCUCACCGUCGGCUUCGCGGGAAUCGGGAAAACCUUCCUGGUUCAAAAGUUUGUGUGCAACUGGGCCAGCGACAAUGCCAACCAGGACGUGCACUUCAUAUUUCCCUUCACAUUCCGUGAGUUGAACACGGACAAAGGGAAAAGUUUUACGCUUGCUGAGCUUAUCCGUAGCUACGUCUGCGGGAGCAGACACAUCAGUGAGGAGACUCUGAACAAAAUAUUAGACCACCUGCAGAAGUCUGGGAAACAGGACUAUGAAAGCAGCAGGAUCAAGAUCUUGUUUGUCUUGGAUGGACUGGACGAGUGCAACUUUAAAAUGGACUUGAAGAAUGAGAUGAAAGUAGACAUGGAUGUGAAAAAACCCUACCCGCUGGAGGUACUCCUGGCGCACCUCAUCAAGGGGAACCUGCUUCCUUGCUCCCGGGUUUGGAUCACCACGCGGCCCGCGACGGCCCGCGAUAUCCCCUCCGACCUCAUUGACAGCAGAACGGAGGUGAGAGGAUUCAGCGAUAUCAAGAGGCUGGAGUACUUUAGGAAAAAGUUCCCAAAUGAGGAGCGUGUCAUUGAGCACAUCCGAAAAACUCGCACCAUCUUCAUCAUGUGCCACCUGCCCAUUUUCUGCUGGCUCACCGCCACAGUUCUUCAGGAUCAUUUGGACAAAAGGAAGGAGGGAGAGCUUCCCACAACGCUUACAGACAUGUGCUCAGCGUAUGCUUUUAACCAGCUGGACAAGUCCAAGGGGAGACAGACGACCGAGUACCCCGAUUACGUGAAAGCGCUAGCAAAGCUGGCUUUUCACCACACAAUGAGUAAGCAACAGAUCUUCUAUGAGAAAGACCUGGCGGACUGCGGUUUUGAUUACAGCCAAGUGGCAAAACACUCUGGAAUAUUUACUGAGGUGUUUAAGGAGAUAUGUCCGCUCAGAAGAAACCAACAUGGCAAAAUGUUUCAGUUCGUCCAUCUGACCAUCCAGGAGUACAUGGCCGCAUUACAUGUGAUGAUUUGCCUUUUCCACGACAACAACAACGUACUGGAUGAUUCAGGAUGGUUACUAAGAUUAGUUUCUAGGUUUUGGAAACAAAAGACAAUCCCUGAAGUCCAUGAGUCAGCUCUCCAGAAAGCCUCGAAAAGUGAAGGAAACUUGGACAUGUUCAUCCGCUUCCUCUUUGGCCUUUCCUUGCCAUGCAACCAGGAACUAGUGGGGGAACUGCUGAAGGCUCCUCAGGACUGGAGGCAAAACAAGUCAAAGAGUGUCAAGUUGAUCAAGGAAAGGAUAAAACAAAACACUCCUGAGAAGAACAUCAACUUGUUCUACUGCUUAAACGAGCUGAAGGACGACUCUUUGCUGAAGCAGUUUCAGAUAAAGAAAAAGAGUUCAUACAUGACUGGCUGGCGCAAAAUGUCAAAUGACAUGUGGUCAGCCUUGGCCUUCUUUUUACUGACAGACGACGAAACCAUGAAGUCCUUUGACCUGGGGGAUUAUUCCAGUUCGCCUUUGGGGCUUGAGAAGCUGUUGGUGGUGGUCAAGGCUUCUCAAAGAUCAAUUCUAAGAGAGUGUGGCCUGGACAAAGGCAGCUGUCACCUGCUGGCUUCCGUUCUCAGCUCUCCAUCCAACCUGAAGCAUCUGAAUCUGUCCGAGAACAAUCUGUCAGAUAAAGGGGUGGAGAUCCUCUCGAAAGGACUGGCCAGCCCAAACUGCAUCUUAGAGUCCCUCGAUCUAGGAUCUUGUAACCUGGGUAAAGCCAGCUGUCACCCGCUGGCUUCCGUUCUCAGCUCUCCAUCCAACAUGAAGCAUCUGUACCUGUUCAACAAUGAUCUGUCGGACGAAGGGGUGGAGAUCCUCUCGAAAGGACUGGCCAGCCCAAACUGCAUCUUAAAGUGCCUCAAUCUAAGAGAGUGUGGCCUGGGCAAAGGCAGCUGUCACCUGCUGGCUUCCGUUCUCAGCUCUCCAUCCAACAUGAAGCAUCUGGACCUGUCCGAGAACCAUCUGUCAGACGAAGGGGUGGAGAUCCUCUCGAAAGGACUGGCCAGCCCAAACUGCACCUUAGAAGAGCUCCGCCUAGUCAAAUGUGGCCUGGGCAAAAGCAGCUAUCACCUGCUGACUUCCGUUCCCAGCUCUCCAUCCAACUUGAGUCUGAACCUGAGCCUGAACGAUCUGUCAGACGAAGGGGGGGAGAUCCUCUCGAAAGGACUGGCCAGCCCAAACUGCAUCUUAGAGUCCCUCAAUCUAAGUGAUUGUGGCCUGGACAAAGGCAGCUGUCAUCUGCUGGCUUCCGUUCUCAGCUCUCCAUCCAACCUGAAGCAUCUGAACCUGAGCUGGAACCAUCUGUCGUACGAAGGUGUGGACAUCCUCUCGAAAGGACUGGCCAGCCCAAACUGCAAGUUAGAUUGCCUCGAUCUAAGUGGUUGUCACCUGGACAAAGGCAGCUGUCACCUGCUGGCUUCCGUUCUCAGCUCUCCAUCCAACAUGAAGCAUCUGUGCCUGUUCAACAAUGAUCUGUCGGACGAAGGGGUGGAGAUCCUCUCGAAAGGACUGGCCAGCCCAAACUGCAUCUUAGAGUCCCUCAAUCUAAGUGAUUGUGGCCUGGACAAAGGCAGCUGUCACCUGCUGGCUUCCGUUCUCAGCUCUCCAUCCAACCUGAAGCAUCUGAACCUGAGCUGGAACCAUCUGUCGUACGAAGGUGUGGACAUCCUCUCGAAAGGACUGGCCAGCCCAAACUGCAAGUUAGAGUCCCUCGAUCUAAGUGUUUGUCACCUGGACAAAGGCAGCUGUCACGUGCUGGCUUCCGUUCUCAGCUCUCCAUCCAACAUGAAGCAUCUGUACCUGUUCAACAAUGAUCUGUCGGACGAAGGGGUGGAGAUGCUCUCGAAAGGACUGGCCAGCCCAAACUGCACCUUAGAAGAGCUCCGGCUGAUACGUUGCAAGAUCACGGAUAAAGGAUGCGUUUUUUUGGCCCAGGCGCUCAAGUCAAACCCCUCCCAUCUUCAAAAGCUGGACCUGACUUCUAAUAGAAUAGGAAAAGAAGGAAAGAGGGUCUUAUUGGACAUCCAAGAGGAUCCCAGCUAUUGCCUGCAGAACGUCUGGUUGAUCCCUCAGAAGUCGGACUUUGAGUCAAGAACGUCGAGUCAUUCCCGAUAUUUAUUUUAAGAAGACGUUGAGACGUCGCCUUCAGAUUUAGUUCGGCGCUACCUACUGUCCAACGACCUCAAGAGCACCGGGUGUCGGCGCUAACGGCAAAAGCGGCCAUGCUCACCGAAUUUGAGGAGGUUCCCCCGCCGGCGUCGGGUGUUUUUCUGCAACGCUGCUACUGGCAGGUGAAGUUUAAGGGGAAGCUCUACCAUGCUGCCACCAAACUGCUGGCAGUUAUUUUCUGCCAUGAAUUGAAAUAUGUUUGUCACGAGUAGACGUCCAAUCCAUUUAGACUGGGAUGGAAUGAGCAAAUGGAUUGGACUUCCAGCACCGCCAACGGCAGCCAAUGUGUUCAAUAAAUACCUUAUUAAAGUUUAACUCAUGUUUUUCAAAAAUUCAAAAAAAAGGUCACACGCACACUUGAAAUUGUUUUGCUCAUUUCGAAUUUAAACAUGAUCGUUUUAAACAUGAUCAUUUUUACCUCUUCAUGUCAAAAAAGAGGAUCUAAUGUUAUUUUGUACAAGAACAGUAAAACCCUAACCUGAAAUGAAAGUUGAAAAAUCACCAAACAAUCCACAAAGACUUGAAUAAACAUACUGGAAAUGUUUCAUCCACUUAACAAGUAUGGUCAAGAAAACGAGGUACUAAUCACAGCGGGAGGGCAAUUUUAGAGAAGAUGAUGAUGUUUUACAAUUACCUGGACAGAUGUCCAUGUUAUUUUUAUGACAUUUAUGAGCAGUGAUAUGUCCGAACAAAUAACACUAAAUACAGUACUUAUAUAGCGCAUUUAUCGGCAUGGUUACCAUGCCCAAAGCGCUUUACAUUAGCACACAUUUACCCAUUCACGCACACAUUCACACUGCUGCCAUGCAAGGCGCUGUCAACCCAUUGGAGGCAAAUCAGGGUUCAGUGCCUUGCCCAAGGACAAGCACUUCGACAGUGGGCCGUCAUAGCCGGGAAUCGAACCGCAGACCCUUUGGUCCGAGGACAACUCCAGCUACCAACUGCUCCACGGCCGCCCCGCUACUCUGAUGACAUGAUUUUAAAUAGUAAUGAUCGGUAAUUCCUUAGGACUUGAGUAUUCUUUUCACCAAAUAAUGUUUUUUUUUACUUGUACUUGAGUGAAUAUUGUCGAAUGACUACUUUUACUGAAGCAAUAUUACGGUAUUUGGAAGUAACGCUACUCUAACUUGAGUAUAAUUUUUGGCCACCUACUUUUGGUGAAGUCACGAACGACUAUCGUAGGCCAAAUUAGCAGAGUAAGGGUAGCAUUUUUUCUUCGACUCAAUGGAUGGCGUGGUGAAACUACUCAUAGAAGUACAUUUUUCUUCAAAAGUUAGUCGAAAAGUAAAUGUAACUCGCCCUGAGAGAACUCUUUGACGUCGCCGGACCAGCCUCUAGCGUUCCGACAAGAUGAAGGGGAAAAGCAAACUUGUGGACAUCGAUUCAAAAGUUUCAAUCAUUUAGACGUCGCUGGCAGCCAAUGUAGUAAUACAGAAAUUCUUGUAGUUGAAAAAUUGGCUAGCAACCUACUGCUUCCUUUUUUAAACAUGUCAUCUUUUGAAAACAAUAUGUGGCUUCUUGGCGAGACAAUAAGGUGAUAUAUCACCAUUCUGAUAUAUAGUCAUUACCCUGAUACACUCCCGUUCAAAAGUUUGGGGUCACCCAGACAAUUUUGUGUUUUCCUUCAAAAGUCACUUUUAUUUCUCAAAUGAGUUGCAAAAUGAAUAGAAAAUACUGUCAAGACAUUGACAAGGUUAGAAAUAGUUUUUUUUAAUUUGAAAUGAUAACUUCUCUUUCAAACUUUGCGUUUAUCAAAGAAUGCUCCCUUUGCAACAAUUACAGCUUUGCAGACCAAUGACAUACUAGCUGUUAAUUUGUUGAGGUCAUGUAGAGAAACGUCACGCUUCCAGAAGCACCUCCCGCAAGUUGGAUUGGUAUGAUGGGCACUUUUUGCAUACCAUACAGUCAAGCUGCUCCCACAACAGCUCAGUGGGGUUGAGAUCUGUUGACUGUGUUGGCCACUCCAUUACAGAUAGAAUACCAGCUGCCUGCUUCUUUCCUAAAUCGUUCUUGCAUAAUUUGGAGGUGUGCUUUGGGUCAUUUUCAUGUUGUAGGAUGAAAUUGACUCCAAUCGAGCGUUGUUCACAGGGUAUGGCAUGGCGAUGCAAAAUGGAGUGAUAGCCUUCCUUAUUUCAAAUCCUGUUGACCUUGUACAAAUCUCCCACUUUACAAGCCCCAAAGCAACCCCAUACCUUCACAUUACCUUCACCAUGGUUGACAGAUGACAUCAGGCACUCUUCCAGCAUCUUUUCAGUUGUUGUGCAUCUCACAAAUGUUCUUCUCUUUGAUCCAAAGUCCAAACACCUCAAACUAUGAUGCGUCCGUCCAUAACGCUUUUUGACAAUCAUCCUAUGUCCAAUGUCUUUGUUAUUUUGACCAUAUUAAUUGUUUCCUUUUAUUAGCGUACCUCAGAUUUGGCUUUUUUUUUUUUUUGCCACGCUGCCCCGAAAGCCAGCAUCCCGGAGUCAUCUCUUCACUGUCGACAUUGACACUGGCGUUUUACGGGUACUAUUUAAUGAAGUUGCUAUAUGAGGACCUGAGAGGCAACAAUUUCUCAAAC